CGCAGAUGCGUGACGUAGAAUAUUCAGUGUUCAGCGAGCUAAGAAAGAACAUGGCGACUGACGAGGAUUCGGAAGAUUAUUUUGUUCGAGAAAUAGAGAAAAAUGACGGGUCUGUUUUAAGAAUGUAUCAGUGCAGCAAAGGGGACGUGGGGGGAGGAAAUGUCGAAGAAUUUCUACCUCCUCCUCAUUAUAUUCUGAUGGCUGAUUGUAUCUACUAUGAGCAGUCUGUGGAGCCACUGGUGGAGACUCUGAAACUCUUGGCUGGACCAGAGACGUGUAUCAUCUGUUGCUAUGAGCAACGCACUGUUGGUGUAAAUCCUGAAAUAGAAAAGAGAUUCUUUGAGCUACUUCUGCAAGAAUUCCAGUCAGAGGAGAUCCCAUCUGAGAAACAAGACCCUGAAUUCAACAGUCCUGACAUUCGCAUUCUCCACCUGCGACGAAGAGUCGACUGAAUGGCUUUAUUUGCUCUUCUGUUUGAAAUGGCGAGGAUGGGUUGUUUGUGUUUCAAUGGACUGUGGUGUUGUUGGUCAGAUGUUUGACACUGAACCAUAUGAAUACAAACUGUUUUUAAGUGCUUAUUAUGUGGUAUGGGAGGUCGGCCUUAAUGUGAGCUUAUGUGUCUUUGCAGACAAACAGGUUUAAGUGAAUGGUUCUGUGUGUUAACUGGCAAAAAUAUAGUGAAUGGUUCUGUGUGUGUUAACUGGCAAAAAUAUAGUGAAUGGUUCUGUGUGUGUUAACUGGCAAAAAUAAAUCUCAAAUGUGUUUUUUACAUACCGAUUUAGAGAAUGUUAAACU